AUGAAGGCACCAGUGCAGCUCGACUUUGCAAAGAACCCCCACAACAAGAUCUGGACCGUCAACAAUGACCCCAGGAAGCUGGACGAGGUGUACGAGCGCCUGCUGGGACAGGGCGGUAGUAAGCUUCUGCCCGAGGAGCUCAAGUGGCUCGCCGUCACGCACAAGAGUUUCGACCAAGGAAGGAGAGGGUUCAACGACCGAUUGGCGCUUCUGGGCCGAAUGACCUUGAUCAUGGAGACUACCAAGUCGAUUGUGGCCAAGGACCCCAUCCCCGGGUCGAUUGUUCCCGACGAGUUCGAGCGCACACCGUUUGAGCAUCCCCAGCUACAGUCGCUAGACAACUUGACCAUGGAGGGACCGAGGGACGUUGCCGGCAAGGACAAGCUGUACCACCUGGCGGCCCAUGUGGGCUUGAUUGAUGUUGUGCGGUGGAAGCCUCGAUUGGUGCGAAAACUCAAGGCCUCGGGUCUCGAGGUGGUGCUCAACGGAGCCGUCAUGGCCAUCAUCGGGGCCAUCACGCUACAGCACGGGGCCGUGGUGGCGUCACAGGUUGUCAGGGAGCGGAUAUUGGCCAGGCUGCCAAAGGAUUGA